AAAGAAAAGGGCAUUAGUGGGCCACCUGCCAAAGCGCUGCCUCUGGAGGAAGCCUUUAGCUGAGGGUAGGAUUUCUCACUCCCCGUUUUCAUUUAGGUUGCUCUCUCCAUGAGUUCUUGUUAGAAUAGAAAGAAGUGGGAAUGGUUGUGAAGGGACCAGGGAGAGAGGGAGAAUGAUGAAGAAUGGGAAGAAGUAAAUUGAAGACUCAGGAAGGGGAAGGAAAUUCAAUUCCUUUCAAACUCCUCAAACUCAGUGUCUGCCUCUCCAGAGCCACUUUAAGGGUCCAUAGGGGCUUCUAGGCAUCAUUUUCGGAUUUCACUGCAAUUAGAUCCCCAGAACGUAUCUACCUUGUAACUAAAUGCUGGUCACCAAUCCCUAGAACCCACUGUUCUUCUCUGCUUCGGAGAGUUUACUUUUUCUAGACUCCACAUAGCAGUAAUAUAUAGCGUAACGUCCUCCACGUUCACCCAUGUUGUCAGAUUGGCAGGAUUGCCUUUAUCUGUAGCCAAACAGCACUCCAUUAGAUAUGUGUUCCACGGUUUAGAAAAAUCCACCCACUUGCUGAUGCCAAAAGCCGUUUCCAUGUUCUGGUUGUUGUAACUAGUGCUUCAGUGAACAGGGGGAUCUGGACAUCUCUGUGCCACUAUUAUUAUUUCCUUUUGGGGUAAGCACACUGGAAAGAAGAUUGUGAGAUCAUGUGGCUAUUUUUUUUUUAAUAACCAAAAGGAGGCUUCUGAGAAAGAAAUAAUUGAAAAUAUUUAACCUCUAAAAAAGGCAUUCUAUAAAAUAUGGCACAUUUUGGCUCAAAGUAAUUGUAUUUUUAAAAUGAUUACCAUCUACUUCAGGCAUCGCUGUUCUUUCUAAACCUUGUCAGUUCAAAUUCAAAUGUUUGUUACAUUUCCUUGUAGCUUUAACUGCUCAUGGUUGAUGGGAAAAGAUGGUGCUUGAGUUAGGAACGGUGUGUUUGGCAAAGGUAUAGGUAGUAGCCCAACUGAGCAUGUGAACAUCAGGCAAGAUAAGCUAGAGGUUGUGUAACAAUCAUCCGGCUACGUAAGCGCUGCUAAAGACUACUGGCCUGCUGCUGUGAGCUGGGAGAUGGGUAUGGCACGAUGGAGAAUAGAUUGGUGCAUAUGCAUGUGAAAGUGUAGAAAAUAAUUUCCUACUGACAACGAACUUGCUCCUCAAUUGGCUAAUGGACACUUUUUGUAAAUUAAAGGAGGCCGACCAUCUUAUUAGUAUUUCAUAGUGAUUGGCCAGUGGGAGACUCUGUGGAAUAUCAGGAGAGUUCUUACAGGGAUUGGAUGUAAUUGCUUGGAGAGCUGCUGGAGAUUCCCUUAAUCAGAAUAGAAAUAAGGAUAUGCUGAGGCGUUGGUGUAAGUGUGGUACUUAAGGGAAAAAUUCACAGCAUGUGUCUCUCAGCUGUUGGUGGGUAGAGGGAAGGGCAGGCUGAAGUUGUGGAACUUGUUGGUUUUUUUUUUUUCUCCUUACCUCUGUAGAUUUAUAGUGUUUCCCACUCAGAAACCUUCUCGCCUGCCUGCACUGAGAUGGCUGACGCAGAGACUGACCAGGAGCUGAACAAGAAAUUAAACUUCUCCUUUUGUGAAGAAGAUACUGAGAAUGAAGGACAGAUGACCGCACAAGACAUUGGAAGGGCCCAGAGUCAAAAGCCCAGGAGGGAUCAAAGUGAGGAGUUGGAGGGUCCCGUGUCUUCCCCCAGAGAUGAACUUUAUACGUCUCUGAACAGAGACAAGCAAAGUCCAGGUCCUGCUCUUCGGACAUCAGUUUCAGACUUUUCCACAUGUCCCGACACUCCAGUAUUAAACAGCAAGAGCAAGCUGCCGGUCCCUACCAACUUCUCCACUCCCAAAAAUUUGCUGGGUCAGCCAGAGAUUUCUUCGCUAGAGAAGCUCUAUGUCCGAAGCUCUAAACAUCUGAGACUCACACCUACUUCCCUCAUGGAUGAGAAGACCUCUUUGUCUCUGGUCAAUAUCAACCCAUUCACUCCGGAGACCUAUAGAAAACUAUUCCUUCAAUCAAAGGGCAAGAGGAAAACCAGGGACUAUCUUGAGGAAACUGGAGAAGGGGAAAGCAAAGCCAUGUGGCUGCCCGCUAAGAGAAGUGUUCUACAAGAAACUAAUAUGGCUUCCCGCUAUGAAAAAGAAUUCUUCGAGGUAGAAAAAAUUGGGGUUGGGGAAUUUGGUACAGUCUACAAGUGCAUCAAGAGGCUGGAUGGAUGCAUUUAUGCAAUAAAGCGCUCUGCAAAAUCCUUUUCAGGAUUAUCAAAUGAUUUGGAUUUGCAUGAAGUUUAUGCUCAUGCAGUGCUUGGCCAUCAUCCCCAUGUAGUGCGCUACUACUCAUCCUGGGUAGAAGACAAUCACGUGGUCAUUCAAAAUGAAUACUGUAAUGGUGGGAGCCUGCAAGCUGCUAUAUCUGAAAAUGCUGAUUCAGAUAAUCACUUCCAAGAGCCCAAACUCAAAGACAUUCUUCUGCAGAUUUCCCUGGGACUUAAGUACAUCCACAACUCUGGCAUGGUGCACUUGGACAUCAAACCCAGUAACAUCUUCAUUUGUCAUAAGAUACAGAGUGACUGUCCUGUAGGGCCAGAAGAGACUGAAAGCGAAGCUGACUGGUUUCUCAAUGCCAAUGUGAUGUAUAAAAUUGGUGACCUGGGCCACGCGACAUCCAUCAGCAAACCUAAAGUGGAAGAAGGAGAUACUCGUUUCCUGGCUAAUGAGAUCCUGCAAGAGAAUUAUCAACACCUUCCCAAAGCAGACAUAUUUGCCUUAGGGUUAACAAUUGCAAUGGCUGCAGGAGCAGAGCCAUUACCCAUCAAUGGUGACAAAUGGCAUCAUAUCCGCAAGGGCAACUUUCCAGAGAUUUCCCAAGAGCUCUCAGAUGACUUUUAUGGCCUACUCAAGAACAUGAUCCACCCAGUCCCAGAGGAGAGACCUUCCGCAGCAACUCUGGCCAGAAGUCGAAUUCUCUGGCCCUUUCUGGAGAAGACAGAAGAACUCCAGAAACAACUGAAUUUAGAGAAAUCCAAGACAGCCACACUGAAAAGGGAAUUGAAAAAAGCUCAGCAUAUCCACACCCCUCAGAGAGACGUCCACCAUUGUUAUCAACAGACCUACAAAAGCUCAAGGAGCACAAGACACCUCCUGGUGGGAGGAAGGAGGAAGGAGCCCCCAAGCUUCACCUGUGGGGCAGCCUCUGUUUAGGCGCUCACUUCUCACCAGCUAGCCCUUUGAAAACUCUUACUGGAUACGACACUGAACCUGCUUGAAUGCAUAAAGAUCUCAAAACCCAUCCCGAUAUGGCCUGUAUAGGCAAGAUCACAGAGCUUCUAGGGUUUCCUCUUAGCAACGGUCUUGUGUAAUACAGACACUGGAGACUUCUUUUUCUAAUGACGUAUUUCUAGUACCACUUACUGAGGACUUCCAAUUAAUAAUCAGAAAACAUGGCUCUGAACUGAAAGCAGCAGAAACGUGCUACUUCGGCCUAUGGAUUAAGAAGCUGCCUUUACUUAUUCUCCACUGGGGUCCAAAGAACUUUCCCUGUACAUAGAAAGGGAUAAAAUAUGGCUUUAAGUAUCAGUUUACAAGAGAACGUUGCAUGUAUUUCAGAGUGCUUUCCCAGAUCUGUCUGCUCCUACAAUCACCAGCUCCUUUGAGCAAGGAAUUUGACUACUAUAUAUUCUGAAUGGAAGCAAUCUCUUUUUUGAUUUUGUAUUAUUAAAUAAAAGACUAUCAUUGUGUUAAACAAUUAGAGUAAGACUAUAAUUUGGAUAUUCCUGAACUGCUUAUUACAUUGUGAAACACAAUCAGCAGAGGCAGAGGACCCGGGAAGUUUGGUGUACCUGUUCCCCAUGUGUUCUAACCUCCUUGUGGCUGUUCCCCGAGUCUCAGGUCUCUGUGGCUGACUCUAAUUGCUUUCGAGUUUUUGAACAUCAUAUCAUCAGGUUCUCUUGAUUUUUUUUUUUACAUCAGAAUUUGUCCUUUUGUUUUCUGUGCUUUUAACAUAUUUUAAUCCAAAUCAUUGUAAAUAAAGAUUUUUUAUCUUGUCCAAAGACAAACAUGGGUAAAACAUUCUUCUUUGUGAUAUGUACAAAGAAUGUAAACUUUGUUAAUUAAGAGGAAAUGUAGGUCAGUAGUGGCUUGUCUUUGUGAUAACACCAUAAACCCAAUUGUGUAGGUACAAGUACAUCUAUAAUGUCAAUAAAAUAUUGGCCAUAAAUAUA